AUGAAGCGAAGGAAACAGAUGCAGCUGAUUGCCUUCAGACAGAAUCGUGCAGCCGCCCGGGUGCAGGUGCGGCAUCCAGAGGGAGCAAGGGGCUGGAAGAACACAGCAGGAACCUGCACCUUUGAAGAUCAAGGGCAGGAGCUAUCAUUGUGUGCCCUUCUCAAACAGCGCCACCUGCUGGGUGCUGUGCAGCCAAAUGCCCAAGCCCUGUGGGGGACAUUUCUCAGAGACCACACCAGAGGAUCCUCCCUUCAAGGUUGCAAGAGGGCUCACCCCAGGACACUUUGUGCUUCAGGACUGUGCUGGCAAGCUCCUCUGUGUAAUCCACUGUGUGUGUGUGGUGCUUUGUUAUGGCAGCCGGGGACACUCCAGUCUUGGACAAGCCUCAAACCAUGUAGCUGGAAAUACCCUGAUCUCUGGACCUUCCUGCCUGCAUCUCCUGGGGUGACCGGAGACACCACUCCCAGCUUAAAAACUUUAUUCUAUAAACCACCCACCAGCUUCACCAUACCUCACCCUGCAAUACUGCCCUGUGGCAAAAUUCAGGAAUCCUGCCUCAAGGGCGACUCCACCUCUGUAAAGAACUGGCAGCUGCAGGAGAGAGCCUGGAGCUCAGAUACCGAUCUCCCUCCCAUCGCCUCUGGAAGGAGUUGCCUGGAGACAAGGUAUGGGAAACACACAAGGAGAAGGGAAGAACUGGGAGCUAGAGGCCAGCUGGGAUCUGGGAGUUCUCGAGGGCCCUCACACCAGUCUCUGAAGCCAUUGAGACACUCACAGGUGCGGCUGUCUGUGGUUAAGUGGAGGUCAGAGAAUUUGAUAAGGGAGUCUUAGGAGGUAUCUUCUGCUCUCCUCAUCUCAAAUCUCGGUCAGAUGAGAAAUGUCGUGCAAUACCGAAAGAGAUUCUCUGAGCAUCCCGAGCGAUCCAGCUUCCAGCUAUGUAAACACAUUAAGUCAGCC